CUCCCCACCAACAUUAUGCCCGCGCCCAAGGACUUUCAGCCCGCGCUGGUGCAGCAGCAGGGGCUGAACGGGUCACAGAUGGUCCGCGUUCGAGUCAAUGGCCGUGGCCCCACACCAUCGAUCACUGGACCACCAGAGGAGAUGGCCGAGGUGAUGGCAGGUCAGCCAGCGCCCGGAUCCUCGCGCGGCGAGUUCGUAUCGUACCUCCGGGAGCAGCUCGAUCUGCGCGCCGCCGCGAAGGAGGCGGCGCUCGCGGCCAAGAAGGAGGAGCGCGCCGCCGCCGCCGCCGCGCAGCAGGCGGCGCUCGCGGCCAAGAAGGAGGAGCGCGCCGCCGCUGCCGCCGCCAAGAAGGAGGCGGCGCUCGCGGCCAAGAAGGACGAGCGCGCCGCCGCCGCCGCCGCCGCGGCAACUCUGACUCCCUUCGUCGCCCGCCGCUACAUCACCCUUGCAGAGAACGCGCAGAGGCUCAAUGACCUCGAAAUCCAGCCGACGACGGAGUUCGAAGCGAGCAAGCGCGUCGCCGACAUCGCCCGGGGCGCUGCGGCAGCACUGCCCGCCGCCACAGAGGCCUCGGUGGCCGAGGCGGCCGUCGAGGCCAUCGAGCUCCACUUCCCGAAGCGCUGGAAGGGGAAGCGGGCGCGCGAGUCUGCCGACGUCGUCCGGCGCUCCGACCGGCUGAAGGGCCCCGCCGCAGCCGCCUCCUUCUCCGCCGCUUGAUCCUCCUCCUCCGCCGCCGCCGCCGCCGCCGCCUCCUGAACCGCCCCCGCCCUGGGCACCGUCUCGCGUAUGCAUGCGGCAUGACUCUUCUGGAGUUUUGGGACAUGGGCAACUCUUCGGCAUUUGAGUGCGUUGACAUGGGCCUUGCAGCAACGACAGAGUCAGCGGCCAAGACCGAGAGCUAGCUGCAACGGUCUGACCACCGAGAGGUGCGCCGCGAGACGAAUUCCGAUUUUCACACGCUUUGGUUUUUGGCUUCUUGUGGGGGGGCCUCGAAAGGUUUGUUUGUGCGGCGGGAGGUGGGGUCGAGGGGCAUGUCCGUGACGAGAGUCCUCGGUGGUACGUACGUUUAUCUACGUUUACGUCGGGUC